GGUGGGUUGUUUACGUCUUCCAGGAACAUUGGAAGAGCUGCCGGCGAAGCAGGGGGGAGUCUGGGGGGGGUCGUGACACGGCGUUCCUGGGUCGAGUUACGGUGCUCAGCAGUCGGAAAGACACGCGGAGACUUUAACGCUGCGGAAAUGUCCAGCUGAAUGUCCUCGUCUCCCUCCUCAAACGGCUCUUUAAGCAGCAAAAGACUCCAGCAAUAAAUUCAAGAUGCCUCGGCUUGGAAGUCUGUUUACACAGUUCCACCUCAGCUCCAAAGCCCCAGAAGGUGGUCCAAGCCAAAGCCCACACGCGACCCCAACGCUACCUGACUUUGUACAACAUGUCAGGAAACUCACCGGGAUUAGAAAGGAAGACGUCUACAGCAAUCUGCGUAUCCGCGACCAGUUUCAGGCCGCCAAAAACGAGAUCGACAUGGUUAUCCUCACGGGCCAGGGGAUCUUCUGCGUGGAUGUAAAACCCUGGAGAGGCACAGUGUCUGCUCGCACCCACAACUGGCACGUGCAGGUGAAGGAGGAGGAGCAAAAUCUUACCAAUACUUGCAUUGAGCAGAUUGAAGAUCCCCUCAAAGCUAUCAUGACCAAGACCGCUAACCUGCGCGGCCAUUUGAAGAGGAGUGGAGUGUCUGUGCGGCAAAGCCUCUUCUUCCCCAGGGUGAUCUUCCUCUCUCCAGACUGCCAGCUAGACGAGGAGCUGAGGAAGAGGAGGGAGCUGAUCUCUCACGGCCAGACGGACGACUUCCUCCGAUCUUUCAGGGAGGGCUACAUGGCCUGGAUAUCCGAUGCACUGACUCCAUCCUGGCUCUCCGGUCGUCUGUCGUACUCGCAGAUGGAGUCCGUGCGGGGGGUCCUGAGGAGGGUGGGCACGUGGGAUCGGGUGAGUCUGCACUGCGGCGAGCAGCUGAAGGGAGACUUCCAGGGCUGCCAGUACAUCGCUCUCGACCGACAGGAGACGGAAACACUGGAGUUCUCCAGAGUCGGGGCCCUGUCGGCUGACUCGCUGUGGGCCCUGCUGGGUCACACCCCUCAGGUGACCGUCAAAAUGUACAAGCGUGGAUCUCAGAGCUGGCUGGGUAAAUCCCUGAACGCCUCCAUCACCAUCCCCUCCAACACCGCUGUGAUCUUCAGAAUCAGCGGGGAGGAAGAAGAUGCCAAAAUCCCAGCAAACACCAUUCACAGCAUCUUCCUCAGCAACUGACAGCGUGUGUGUGUGUGUGUCAGUCAACGAAAUGGCAACCGAGGUGGCUCUGCGGGGAGAGGAAGCAUUCUUAAUUACAAUUAUUCAGAUGCAAAAAAAAAAAGGAAACUAAUUUAGCUCAAACAUACGUUUUCAGUGAGCAUUUAUUGAAAGAUCCCCGAUUCUGCAGUGGUAAUAUUAUGUUAAUACCAAAUGGUUUCAAUUAGGCUGAUUAACUUUCUCUUGUUUUGAAUUUCUAGGGCCGGCCCACACUUUACACCAGCCAUUAACUAAUCAUUACGCCAGCUGAUUGUGUCACAUCGCUUCCCGAGUGAAGUGUUUCACGUGUUAAUUGUGGCGGUUAAAAGCCGGUGGCCUCCACCUGUACGAUUACCCGCCUGCGUGGGUUGAAUGUGCAGUGAUUUACGGUCUGUUUAGAAAGUGCAGCUCUGAGGUGCUUUAUUAAUAUGCUCCGUCGCACAGGGAGACGAUAACAAAUUAAAGAGCGCACAGGCGCAGCCUCCCCGCUGCCAUUGACUGUCGGAGCCACUUUCCCUCAGCUACCAGGCGCGCGGGGCCGCGCUAACAGCUAGCAAUUGUAUUUUCUUUGCCUGGCAGCGGCCGAAACGAAGUUAUUUACAUGGAGAUAUCGGUGCCUUUAGCUAAUGCAAUAGAAGGAGCUCUCUUGUGUUGAUGGUAUCUCUCUGCAUGGCAUCUUUCUACCUGAAACAUCAUUACACUGUACUCAAGCCCCUCGCGUUUUUCAAAUGUCUGUUUACUGUUUUUACCUGAGGGAGAGACUGGACAAACGGCACCGUUGCGUUUGUAAGCGCACGUUUUCUACACCGGCUGUUUUCGGAUAUUGCUUGAAUGUUCCGAUGAAUUUAUUGCCUGCAAACAUAUUUGCAAAAUCUGAUUUCUAAUGAUGGUCCUCAGCUACUGUCUUCACCACUACACUUAUUUACAAUAUUGACAAUUUUAUAAAAUCUGGCAUAAGAGGCGUUGUGAGACAUUACAAUAUGUAAUUCUUUUUUUCAAUUUUUUUACUUAAAGCACUUUCAAGCCAACUUUUACAGUUACAACCAUACCCUUGAGUUGAUUCAUUAAAGCACGGUUGAUGUGGCAUCUACAAGUGAUUUUUAUGGUGUAUAAAUUGUAUUUGUACACGUGUGUGAAAUAAAAAAAAAUCUGAUGAUUUAA